UUGCUCUGACGUCACGCAGCAAAAUGAAGCUGGCAAGCUUGGUAUAAAAGCCGGGUUUGGAUCCAACGUGAGGACGGUCUAGUUUUCAAAGUCAUAAUUUUCAGUACCUUGAGUGAGUGAUUGACUUGAAUGAGAAUGCUGCACCCGGUCCCCACUAUGUCAGUUUCUCUGUUAUUUCUUCUGACUGCAUAUCCACUCGUCGCUCAUGGAGCCAAGUGGGCAUAUCAUGGGCCAGAUGGAGAGCACCACUGGGCCAAGCACUACCCCUUCUGCGGAGGCACGUUCCAGUCACCCAUCGACUUCCAGACGCCUCUGCUGAGAUACGAGCCCAGCCUGCCACCGGUGCAGCUCAUCAACUACAACCUCUCCAUGCACGAGCAGCUCACCCUCAGCAACAACGGGCACUCUGUGCAGCUGUCUCUGCCGUCCAGGAUGUUCAUCUCGGGGCUCCCCUAUCGCUACUCAGCUGCACAGCUCCACUUCCACUGGGGGUCCCCCAGCCUGCUGCCCGGCUCCGAGCACACCGUCAACGGGAAGCAGUUUGCUGCCGAGCUGCACAUUGUGCACUACAACUCUGACAAGUACCCCAACGUCUCCAUGGCUGUGGACAAGUCCGAUGGCCUGGCGGUGCUGGGGAUCCUUAUUGAGGUUGGUGACUUCAACCCAGCCUUUGACCACUUCCUGAAAUACAUCAAUGGCAUUCGAUACAAAGAUCAGAGGAUCCAGGUGCCAGCCUUUAACAUCAGAGACCUGCUCCCGUCUCGUCUGGAUCAGUACUACCGUUACGACGGCUCUCUGACCACGCCCCCCUGCUACCCCAGUGUGCUCUGGACCGUGUUCCGGAACCCUGUAACAUUCUCAAUCCAACAGUUCCAGGCGCUGUCGUCGGCCAUGUUCUCCUCCAGCCUACAGGAGUCUGCACCGCUGCCCCUCAACGGAAACUACCGGAAGCCACAGCUGGCAGACAACAGAGUCGUCCUGGUGUCCUUCCACGAUGGCCGACUGCUGCAUGGCAUUAGGAAGGCGGCCACGGCCACCGAGAGGAGGCAGGUGAUCCAACAGCUGCUGCUGGGCGACCUGGCGGACCUGGCAGACGAACAGCUGUUCCGCCUGCUGCCGGCCAUCAGCCCCAGGACCCGCGGCUCUACCAGGAGAGGAGCCACGUCGGGCAGGAGCCAGAAAGGAGGCCACACAGCGAGUGGAAAAGGACAGCAGCAGCAGCAGCAGCAGCGCUGGCAGCAAAACAGCCUUCCAGGUGGCGGCGGCGGUGCCCAGAGUACUAACUAUGGUUACGGUGCCACGGCGUGGGGCAGAGGCGGGCGCUACGCGUCCAAGUACGACGUGAGCGACAAGCCGCUGUGCUACAAGUCGCUGGCGGAGAAGGUGGCAAAGCAGCUGCGGGGCCUGUACAGCGAGGACGAGCUGACGGACAUGCUGAAGAACUCUGUCUUCCCCGAGCUGAACCUGCGCAGCUACCUGGCCUGCCGCUCGGAGCUGGACCUGGACACGGUCAGGCUCAUCAUCCGCGACCGGCCCGGCGACGAGGCCAACGAGCUGGACCACUCGCUCACCAGGGCCACCCUCGGCACCGCAGGAGGCCACCGCAGGAGGCCGCCCACCAAGUCCCACCGCCCGCCAUCCCCGUCCAAGAAACCAGCAACCAGGAACUCUCCAACCAAGAACUCUCUGUCCAAUACCAACCUGAAGAACUCCUACGGCAACACCUACAAUAAGGCUGCCUACUAUAACAACAAUGCUUACAGAAACAACCGCAUACAGCCCUACGAGUGGGAGGAUUAGGGUGUGAUGAGGUUGCCACAGGAACUGCAGAGCCACUGUGAGGGCCCAGUGACGCUCAUUGUCGUGGGGAGGACACUCCUGUCCUGUCCUGUCCUGUCACAGUUACAUAAAGCACAGGAAGCUAAGCAUGUGGGUUGCAGGGGUCAUUAGCACAUAUAGCCCAGUUACGAGGGUUCUAGAACUGUCUAGCUGUCUAAGUUCUAGAAUCGUAGAGCUUUGAAGUCUUUGUUUCUGAUGGGGACUGACUCCCAUCGUCUUGCAUUGGGGCACUGUAGCAUGCUAUGUAGAACACAUGCAUUUUAGUCCGUUCGCUGUCCGAAGUAGGGUGACCUCUCUUCAUUGUUCCCAGAGCUGCUUGCAAAAAAUACAAUGACCUCGGACAGUUCUUUCUUUGUUACCCUUACGAUUGCUAAUUAUGGCCAAUGUCGCAUUGCAUAAUGGCAAUUUUCUGUAUAUGGGACUUUUUUUGUUUGACCAAAAAAAGCUAAACAAAACACAAUGCUAUGGAAGAAAACCAAAAAGGUCUGUUGGAAACAUUAGUGGGACAUUGCGUGGGGAGCUCAUGGUGUUUAAAUAUGUCAUGCGAUGAACAAGCUUACUGGCAAAAGAAGAAAUAUUUUUGAAAGUUUAUUGGGAAAAGUGGAGUGGUGUUGUCACGGUAAUUAUAUAUAUUGAUGUGGUUAGAGGGUCGUGCAGACUGAAGGAUGGCAGUUGGCAGCUACCCUUUACAUGUAAAAAAAGACACUCCCUGAGUACUUUAACAUUCCUCCACUUCCAACAUUGUAUGCUGCUGUUUUUUGGGUGUGAUGUGCUCAUUUAAGGAAAAACCCCAAAAGGGGUUUGACACAGAUUUUCUUUUUAGUGUGUGCUGUUAACAUUGGUAAAAAUAAAAACGUUACAUAAGCCAUUAAA